UCAGCGGCACGUUACAGCGUCGCCAUUUUGCUGCUGUUUGUAACAGUGCUAAGAGAUAGCUGCUUUCAGCGUGUGAUUUGUCCACCUGUAUUCCAUCUCUUGAUAAAAAAUGCAAGGAUACAGAGGUCUUCAACAGAACCACGGACCCAAUCGUCCGGGAGAACACUUUGGCGACCACUUUGGCGACUAUGGCGACCACUUUGGCGACGGAGCUAACGGCAACGAGCAGCAGCCGGAGCCUAGCGAGCAGCCCAAUCCCAACGCGGCCUUAACCCUGGACCUGCAGAGCUUCAGGAAACCCGGGGAGAAAACAUUCACGCAGCGGAGCAGGCUGUUCGUUGGAAACCUUCCGACCGGGGUCACCGAGGAGGAGCUGGAGAAGCUGUUCGCCAAGUAUGGGCAGGCCAGUGAGGUUUUUGUUAACAAGGAAAGAGGCUUCGGCUUCAUCCGGCUGGAGACCAGGAUCAUCGCAGAGAUCGCCAGGUCCGAACUGGAUGAUUAUGUGUUCAGAGGCAGGCCCAUACGAGUGAGAUUUGCCACUCAUGGUGCUGCUCUAUCUGUGAAGAAUCUGCCAGAGUACGUGUCCAACGAGCUCCUGGAGGAGGCCUUCUCCAUUUUCGGCCAGAUUGAACGAGCCAUUGUGAUUGUGGAUGACCGUGGAAGGCCCACGGGGAAAGGAAUAGUGGAGUACACCACAAAGCCAGCUGCGAGAAAAGCCUUGGAUAAGUGCAGUGAUGGUUCCUACCUCAUGACAACUUUUCCUCGACCCGUUAUAGUGGAACCAAUGGAGCAGCUCGAUGAAGAUGAAGGACUGCCAGAAAAGUUGAUAAACAAAAACCAGCAGUAUCACAAAGAGCGUGAGCAGCCACCACGGUUUGCUCAGCCCGGCUCCUUUGAGUACGAGUACGCCAUGCGCUGGAAAGCCCUGAUGGAGAUGGAGAAGCAGCAGUACGGGAUGGUGGACCGCAACAUGAAGGAUGCUCAGGAGAAGCUGGAGGUGGAGAUGGAAGCGGCCAGGCAUGAGCAUCAGGUGAUUCUGAUGAGACAGGACCUGCUGAGGCGGCAGGAAGAGCUUCGAAGGAUGGAGGAGCUCCAUAAUCAGGAGAUGCAGAAGAGGAAGCAGGCUGAACUCCGGCAGGAGGAGGAACGCCGGAGGAGGGAGGAGGAGAUGAGGCUGCACAACGAGGAGCUGAUGAAGAGGCAGCAGGAGGGCUUCAGGAGCAACUUCUCUGAGAACAGAGAGCAAGAGAUGAGGAUGCACAUGGGUGGCCACGGCAUGUCCAUGAACAGAAGUUCACUGGGUGGAAAUUCAGGUUCUGCAAGUGCCGCUGGCAUAACAGCUGAGAGUUCUCCAAUGAUGUCGGGGUCCGGAAACAACAAUUUGCCUGGUGGAGGCCAGGGGGGCUUCGCCCGGGGGCUUCCUGGCGCUGGAGAUUAUAGCAAGCAGCGCAGAUUUUAAAUCCCAUGUCAUUUUUUUCCUCUUCAUACUCACUGUAUUUUUAAGUUCAAGGUAGUGGGCGGUAUGUUUGAACUUGCAUGAUUUUUUUUUUGUACUUUUUUUUUUGUUUUGUUUGUACUUAUGUGCUCUUUUAGUACUAAUGUGUCAAAACUCUUUAAAUGAGCCACAAAUGUUAAUUUCUCCAAAUGUUGUCUUGAUUUCUUAGGAGUAGAAAAUGGGUUUGUCCUAAAUAUGUCACAU